CAGGCAUUGGAGCACGGAGGUCGGGACCAGUGCGGGUGCCGGGGCUAGGGCUAUCCAGAAGUUGUUAGCAACGUGAUAAAUACCUGCAUAUGGCCGGAGAUGGACGGCCAGAAGUUCUGCCUCAAGUGGGAUGGCUUCCAGGGCAGCGUGACAUCCCUGUUUGACCAGCUGCGGCUGGGCCAGGAGCUGGUGGACAUCACGCUCUGCUGCGAGGGCCAGCAGGUGCGCGCGCACCGUCUGGUACUCUCAGCCUGCAGCCCCUACUUCCGCGACCUGCUCAAGAACAACCCGUGUCAGCACAUGCUGCUAUUCCUGAAGGACACAUCUCCUGCCGACCUACGGGCCAUCAUCGAGUUCAUGUACAAGGGCAGCGUCAACGUGGCGCAGAGCCAGCUGGCCAGCUUCAUCAAGACGGCGGAGAUGCUGCAGAUCAGGGGCCUGAGCGGCGACGACGAGAAGCCGCCGCCGACGCCACCACCACCGCCGCGUCCGAUGCGGUCAGGCGCGACGGGCUCCCCACAGGCGGCCAAGCGUCGCCGCCUGUCGGGGUCGGAGCCUGCGCAGCAGCGUCAGCACCAGCAGCCGCUGCUGCAGGAGCGGGAGCAGGAGCAGGAGCCGCCCCCGCUGAAACUGGAGCCGGAGGAACUGGCGACGGCGGACGCCAGCCUGGACGCUACGCUCGGCUACGUGGCCGAGUUCGAGGGCGGCUACGGCCUGCCGGAGCGGCCGCCUGCCGACGCGCUGCCGGCGGCGGGACCCUCUCAGCGGCUGAGCGAGGACGGCAGCACCCCAGCUCCGGCAUCAGGCCUGUACCCCUGUGAUGUCUGCGGCAAGGUGUACCGGCAUACAACUUCGCUGGCACACCAUCGGAAGCUGCACCAGGGCCUCACCACCUGCCGAAUCUGCGGCACAUCCGCCAGCAACGUCUACAACCUGCGACAGCACCUGAAGAAGAUCCACGGCGCCUCAGUGGAGCACGUGCGGCGACUGACGGAUGUACAGAGGACGUGCGGUGACUGACAGAUUACAGAGGACGUGCGGCGACUGACGGAGGUACAAAAGACGCAUUUUGAGUGGUGCAGGUUCAUAGAGCAUUAAGUAGCUGGCGAACACUAGUGAUUGGCGGAUAAAGCGUGCACUGCCCUUUCGUGGCUCAUUUUGCGUGAGCGCCUCCGACGGGGGACGACUUUCCUGCCACCUUGCGAGUGUUGAGUUCCUGUGCUGUGCAGCUGCAGUGCCAUGGAUCGAUAUCAGGUUCAUGCGAGGUCAGGGUAAGGUCAGCAGGGUUAGGGGAGCAUCGCCAUGUUGCGACCGCUGCAGAUGAGCAGAAGUGGUCCAUCUGAGCCUGCGCUGAUGUGGGUGUGGGCGCCUGCUUGUUGUAGACCGUCAGAAGAGGGCAUGGUUUGAUGUCACGUGACUGACGUGUCGCUGCCACGUGAUCCUGUUGGUUUGACAGAUUCAUUGUAAUCAUCGCGAGUCAACAUUGUUCACGACUUCACGAAUGACCAUGAGAAUGGCCUGUUGCUCGAGAGUCUUGAAUAUAACCCAGCG